GAGUUUCCCACAAUGCAGCGCGGUGCGCUGUCCCCGGUGCUAAUGCUCAGCGCUGCUGCCCCGGAGCCUCCGCCGCGCCCGCCUCCCGCCCUCUCCCCGCCGGGCCCGGGCCCGAGUCCCCGCCAUGGCUCAGCUCGUCCGGGUCCCGCUCCAGAGCCGUCGGGGGGCCUGGCCGCGGCGCUCGACAGCAGCCUGCGGGCUGCCGUGGCGUUCAAGGCGGAGGGCCAGCGCUGCUACCGGGAGAAGAAGUUCCGGGAAGCCAUCGGCAAGUACCAUCGGGCGCUGCUGCAGCUGAAGGCGGCGCAGGGGGCCCGCCCUGGCGGCCUGCCCGCCCCCGCCCCCGCCCCCGGGCCCACCAGCAGUCCGGGGCCGGCGCGCCUCAGCGAGGAGCAGCGGCGCCUGGUGGAGAGCACGGAGGUGGAAUGCUACGACUCCCUCACGGCUUGCCUGCUGCAGUCGGAGCUGGUGAACUACGAACGCGUGCGCGAGUACUGCCUCAAGGUGCUGGAGAAGCAGCAGGGCAACUUCAAGGCCACCUACCGUGCUGGCAUUGCCUUCUACCAUCUGGGCGACUACGCGCGCGCGCUGCGCUACCUGCAGGAGGCCCGCAGCCGGGAGCCCACAGACACCAAUGUCCUCCGCUACAUCCAGCUGACUCAGCUGAAGAUGAACCGUUGCAGCCUCCAGCGAGAAGACAGUGGGGCCGGGGCCGGGGCCGGGGCCGGAGCCCGGGAUGUGGUUGGCUGAGGCCAGCCCUGGGGGACGGUCUCUACCCCCACUCCCUCCCAUCUCACAUGUGACUUCCCCUGACUCAUGUGUUCGCUGGUAAAACACUUGUCACUGGUGACCAU